AUGGUUCACAACGCCUAUGAUUCCUUUCAGCUUCUCAAGGAUUGUCCCGCUCGGAUCGAUGCUGUUGAAUCCUACGGCUCCAAGCUCUUUGCCGGAUGCUAUGACGGCUCCCUCCGCAUUUACUCUCCGGAAUCUUCCGGUUCCGAUCGCUCUCUUCCCUCGGAGCUGCAUCAAGAGUCUUACGUGCUCGAGAACACCGUGACCGGAUUCUCUAAGAAACCGAUCGUGGCGAUGGAGGUUUUGGCUUCGAGAGAGUUGCUCUUGUCUAUAUCGGAGUCAAUCGCGUUUCACGGACUUCCUAAUUUGGAGACUGUCGCUGUGAUCACCAAAGCUAAAGGCGCCAACGCUUACUCUUGGGACGAUCGUCGUGGGUUCCUGUGUUUCUCUAGGCAAAAGAGGGUCUGUGUCUUCAAGCACGACGGUAAAAUCUCUCUCAGAGGAGGAGGAUUUGUAGAGGUGAGAGACUAUGGAGUUCCUGAUACCGUCAAGUCCAUUUCUUGGUGCGGAGAAAACAUUUGCUUAGGCAUUCGAAAAGAGUAUAUGAUUCUUAACACUGCCAAUGGGACACUCUCUGAGGUGUUUCCUUCGGGUAGGGUUGCUCCUCCUCUGGUGAUAUCUCUACCUUCUGGUGAACUUCUUUUGGGGAAGGUAGGUUUUGUUCGCUUGCUACGAAGCCCCUAUCCUUUAAUACAGACAAUUGUUCUCCAAAAUAUCCGUCGUCUUGUCAGGAGCAACAAUGCUGUGAUUGUUGGUUUGGAUAACUCUGUUCAUGUUCUCUUCCCUGUUUCUAUCGGUGCCCAGAUUGUGCAAUUAACAGCUUCUGGAAACUUUGAGGAAGCCUUAGCUCUAUGCAAGUUACUCCCCCCUGAAGAGUCAAGCCUAAGAGCUGCGAAAGAGAGUUCAAUUCAUACAAGAUUUGCUCAUUAUCUUUUUGAGAACGGGAGCUAUGAGGAAGCCAUGGAACACUUCCUGGCAUCUCAAGUAGAUAUCACGCAUGUACUCUCCAUGUAUCCAUCUAUUAUUCUUCCUAAAACAACAAUGAUUCCUCAACCAGAUAAGAUGGUGGACAUUUCUGGGGAUGAAGCAUCUCUGUCAAGAGGUUCAUCCGGCAUUUCCGAUGAUAUGGAGUCUUCAUCUCCUAGAUAUUUUGUGGAAUCUGAAGAUAAUGAAGCCCUUGAAUCUAAGAAAAUGAGCCACAACACUCUGAUGGCUCUUAUAAAGUACUUGCAGAAGAAGAGACCAGGUAUUAUCGAGAAGGCCACUUCUGAAGGAACAGAAGAGGUCAUUUCGGAUGCUGUUGGCAAAACUUAUGGAGCAUAUGAUUCUUCCAAGUCUAAGAAGUCCAACAAGGGACGUGGUACGAUCCCGCUUAAUUCAGGUGCCAGGGAGAUGGCGGCAAUACUUGAUACAGCUCUUCUCCAAGCACUUCUACACACAGGCCAGUCUGGAGCUGCUAUAGAAUUAUUGAAGGGUGUCAACUACUGUGACGUAAAGAUUUGUGAGGAGAUUCUCAUGAAAAGUAAAAAUUAUUCUGCACUACUAGAAUUGUUCAAGAGCAAUUCGAUGCACCAUGAAGCCCUUAAGCUUCUUAAUCAGCUAUCUGAAGAGUCCAAAUCAAACCAGUCACAAACUGAAGUUACGCAGAUAUUUAGUCCUGAGUUGAUCAUUGAAUAUCUCAAGGCAGAUAACUUGCCUCUCUGCAGGACUGAUCCUAUGCUUGUCUUGGAGUACUCUAUGCUUGUCCUGGAAAGCUGUCCAACACAAACCAUCGAUCUAUUUUUGUCUGGAAAUAUCUCGGCUGACCUUGUCAAUUCGUAUCUGAAGAAGCAUGCUCCAAAUAUGCAGGGUAGAUAUUUAGAACUUAUGAUGGCAAUGAAUGAAAGCGCAGUUUCUGGAAAUCUUCAAAACGAGAUGGUACAAAUCUACCUUUCCGAAGUGCUUGACUUGCAUGCUGCAAAAAGCGCACAGCAGGAAUGGGAUGACAAGGAUCAUCCUCCCGAAAGGAAAAAACUAUUGUCUGCGUUAGAGAGCAUCUCCGGAUAUAAUCCACAGACUUUGCUGAAGCGUCUUCCACGUGAUUCUCUCUAUGAAGAGCGUGCAGUUAUAUUGGGCAAAAUGAAUCAACAUGAGCUUGCUUUGUCGAUCUACGUUCAUAAGCUUCAUGCACCUGAUCUGGCGCUGGCUUACUGUGAUCGUAUAUAUGAGUCUGUUACUUAUCUACCAUCUGGAAAACCGUCAAGCAACAUCUACCUCACACUGCUGCAAAUAUACCUGAAUCCCAAGAAAAGCGCAAAGGACUUUGCAAAACGUAUUGUAGCUCUAGGAUCAUUCGAAAGUUCAGACACCGCGAAGAUGAUGGAGUCUGUUUUGUCUUCAAAAGCUAAAGGAGGCCGAUUCAAGAAAAUUGUUUCAAUAGAAGGUGCUGAAGAUAUGCGAGCUGGUCUCAGUAGCAGCACUGACAGUGGAAGAAGCGACGUUGAUGCUGAAGAACCCAUGGAAGAAGGAAACUCCACCGUUAUGAUUUCUGAAGUUCUUGAUCUGUUGAGCCACAGAUGGGAAAGGAUCAACGGUGCACAAGCACUCAAGCUUUUACCUAGAGAAACUAAACUCCAGAACCUGCUUCCGUUUCUUGCACCCCUUCUAAGAAAUUCAAGUGAAGCACACAGGAACUUUUCAGUCAUCAAGAGUUUGAGGCAGAGUGAAAACUUACAGGUGAAAGAGGAACUGUACAAACAUAGGAAAGGAGUGGCGCAAGUAACAAGCGAGAGCAUGUGUUCAUUGUGCAACAAGAAGAUCGGGACAAGCGUCUUUGCUGUUUAUCCCAACGGGAAAACGUUAGUUCACUUUGUGUGCUUCAAAGAUUCUCAAGGCAUGAAAGCUGUUUCUAAGACAUCACAUGGGAGAAGACGAUGA